UAUUCAUCCAUAAUGUUUAAUUUCUUGUAAGUAAAAAAAAAAAGGAGAAUUAAAAUAACAUGAACAAAAAUUAUAAUCUUUGUAAUGGAAAAACAAUCUUGUUUAAUAUGAUCUUGUCAAGAACAUCAUGUUAUGGCUUAAUUAAGGAAUAUAUAUGGCUCAAAUUGUGAUAUUUCUAGUUUGUUUUCUUGCAAUUGCCUCAUUUGUGAAGGGAUAUGGUAAAGGAAAAUGGAUCAAUGCUCAUGCUACAUUCUAUGGAGGUGGUGAUGCCUCAGGGACAAUGGGUGGUGCUUGUGGUUAUGGGAAUCUAUACAAUCAAGGUUAUGGAACAAAAACUGCAGCUUUAAGCACAGCUUUGUUCAACAAUGGAUUGAGUUGUGGAUCUUGUUAUGAGAUUAAAUGUGUGAAUGAACACAAAUGGUGUUUGUCAGGUUCUAUUAAAGUAACAGCAACCAAUUUUUGUCCACCUGGUGGCUGGUGCAAUCCUCCUCUUCACCACUUUGAUCUUUCUCAGCCUAUUUUUCAGCACAUUGCUCAAUAUAGAGCUGGAAUUGUACCUAUUGCUUAUAGAAGGAUACCCUGCAGAAGAAAGGGAGGCAUCAGGUUCACCAUCAAUGGACACUCUUACUUCAACUUAGUACUUGUGACUAACGUUGGCGGUGCUGGUGAUGUUCAUGCUGUAGCCAUCAAAGGAUCAAAAACACAAUGGCAAUCAAUGUCAAGGAAUUGGGGCCAAAACUGGCAAAGCAACAGUUUACUAAAUGGACAAAGCCUUUCAUUUAAAGUUACUACUAGUGAUGGACAUAGUGUAGUCUCUAAGAAUGUUGCCCCUCCUAGUUGGUCUUUUGGCCAGACAUACACUGGUGGUCAGUUUCAUUGAAAGGUUAGAUCUUGAACAUUUGGCUGCAAGGGGCGGAUCUAUAGAGGAUAGUAAGGUGAUUCAACCGAACCCACUCAACAAAAGGUAUUUGUUAUGUAUAAACAUAUAUAUAGAUUUUUGAACGAUCUAAAUAUAAUAUUAAAGGUUUAUUUAGACUUCAGUUGUUGAAGGGAUUUAAAAUUAACCUUGAGGUUCUACGUUCAAAUUUCAAGCACCCUUAGAUGGAAAUCCUGAAACCUACAAUUGUUGACAUGGUUCGAAACUCAAUGAAAAUAAUGAGUUCGCCCCUCUACCUUUCUCUUACUUACAUGUAAUUAUAUAGAUGUGUAACGUGAGUCUAACCCACACAUCAUGUAUUACACUCUUACUUGUAUGUAGAUGUAAGAAUCCAGUUAACUAGUGCAAUCAUGAAUAUUAAAAUGGGCAUGAUGUUUCUUUUA